GCUCCUCCCACAGCCCCGCCCUCCCUUCGUCACAUCCGGGCUCCGCGGGGCAGCUGCCGCUUCCUGUCGGUCCUUCCGAGCGCUCCGGGUGCGCAGCGGCUCCGUGUCGGCGGCGCGAUGUCAGCCAACGUCCCCGGAAACACAAAUGUGCCUGCUGGUAGCAACCGUCGGCUUCAGCAAACUCAGCAUCAAGUAGAUGAGGUUGUUGACAUCAUGAGGGUGAAUGUGGACAAGGUGCUGGAAAGAGAUCAGAAGCUGUCGGAGCUGGAUGACCGUGCUGAUGCGCUGCAAGCAGGAGCUUCCCAGUUUGAGACCAGUGCGGCCAAGCUGAAGAGAAAGUAUUGGUGGAAGAACUGUAAGAUGUGGGCAAUAUUGAUAGCUGUUGUCGUCAUCAUCAUCAUCAUCAUCAUUGUCCUGGCGGUGCCCAAAUGAGUCCCGAGGAGCGGCUCACACCGAAGGUGCCUUUAUCCUCCCUGCUCCAUCCCCGCUGUCCUCAGCCCAUCUGCUGCUGUUCAAAGCGAAACUCCUGAUGAUUGAAUCGUUCACGUUACCUGGUUGCCUUAA